GAUCGUCUCCAGUGGAAAAGACUCGGCAGCGCAGGGAGAGAUUGAAUUCAGCACCACGGAGAGCUCCCUGCUGCGCGCCCCCAAGCGCAAGGGACAGAGGAGAGCGCCGUGCACGCGCAUCCCAGGUGAGACAUGGGCAGAAUAUGGAGGGGAACAGGGGAGCGGCCAGCGGCAUAUGGAACUGGGGGAGCCCACAGCUGCGUCUGUUGCAGGUAACAAGCUUCUCAUACAGGACGAGGGAGACUGUCGGCAGACAAUAGUUGUCAUUCAUCUCCAGCGCUGGAGCAAAGAGGAUCUGCUUGUUAUAUGUUCCCCAUGACCUUAUCAGGAUGUAAUAUCCGCGCAGAGGAGGAGGAGGAGGAGGAGGGCGGCAGAGGGAUGUCUGAUCGGGAAGGAGAAUGAGGAGGGCACAGCUUUAUACUGUAUUCCCGAGCUUUGCUGCUGACAAGCAGAACCUGUCAGGGAAUCAGUGAAUGGAAAUCAGCAGAGUCGGCUUUGUUGCACAGCAAUGUGUUUAUUGGCACCCAGCAGCCCUUCACUGGAGCUUCCCUGACAAGUCUGCACGCUUGGAUCUACUUGCUGAAAGAUGUGUCAUGGAACGUGUGUGCGGAGGGCUGAUCUCUUUCCAGGUCAACGUCAGUCUCUCCUGGUUCUGCUCCUCUGCGUUCAGCUGUCUCUGUGCUUUGGCCCUGUCCAUCUGUCUGUGGGAUUUGACGAUCUGACAACAUGCGCUGUCCCUGAGGUGCCAGAAAAUGGAUACAGGACGCAGAGCAUGGGGAUUUUCUUUGAAAAUGCUGUCGUCCGGUUCCACUGCAAGAGCGGGUACAAGCUCAAGGGCCCCUCGAAGAAGAUGUGCGUGCAGCUGUACAAUGGGUCUCUUGCCUGGAAGCCCAGCGACACACCAGUGUGCCUACAGGAAGUCACAGAUUGCCUUGCUCCCUACGUUGAAGACGCUGAUAUUCUUAACAAGACCUACAAGACGGGAGACAAGCUAAUAAUGAGCUGCCGUGAUGGAUUCCAGACUCGUUACCCAGACUUGGACAACAUGGCUUCAAUAUGUCAGGAUGAUGGAACGUGGGAUAAUCUUGCCAUGUGUCAAGGCUGCCUGAGACCCCUGGUUCUGCCUCACAGUUACAUUAACAUCUCGGAGUUCGAUUUCUCUUUCCCGGUGGGCCGAGUGGUCUAUUACCAGUGUUUCCCUGGCUACAAGCUGGAAGGGGCUGAAUAUAUUGAAUGCAUGUACAAUCUCAUCUGGUCGGCGGAACCUCCCCGGUGCCUUGAUGUAGAAGUCUGUCCGCUUCCUCCGAUGGUGACCCACGGAGACUACACCUGUCACCCCCAGCCUUGUGAGCGAUACAACCAUGGAACGGUCAUCGAAUUUUAUUGUGAUCCGGGAUACACCCUGGCCAACGAUUAUAAGUACUUCACAUGCCAGUCUGGGGAAUGGUUCCCUUCUUACCCAGUCGUCUGUAUCAAAACAGAGUCAUCAUGGCCGAACACAGAAGAUACUCUGCUCACAACGUGGAAGAUAGUGGCCUUCACAGCUAGUACUGUUCUGCUGGUGCUGCUGCUCGUCAUUAUUACCAGGAGCUUUCAGACUAAAUUCAAGACACAUUUCCUUCCAAGGAGUCCACAGGACAGUACAGGGGAGCCGGACUUUGUAGUAGUGGACGGGGUGCUGGUUAUGCUUCCUUCAUACGACGAGGCUGUGAGCAGCGCUGCCAAUGUCACUCCUCCAGGCUACACGCCACCUGCAGAACAGAGGAGUCCCACACCGACACAUGAAUCCCACCCUCCGGCAUAUCCGGGGAACACUGACAGUUUGUGUGAGGAAUCAGAGACCUUUGAUAGUUUGUUGGAUUCAUCAGAACUCGCCCAAACCUUACGUUCAACUUCCCUGAGUCGCGUCAGAGCCCCGUCUGCAGAGAACACGACCAAUGGGGAGGCGCCGUCCACCAGCCCCAGUAUCGACAUUGCAGAUGAAAUUCCACUGAUGGACGAAGAGCCAUGAAACUACAAUGGAACAAGAGGGGGAAAUGCGCAGAACACAGAGUUCUAUGAACAAUCUUCCUAUUUAUCAGAAACCUUCCUAGUCCCUGACUUUGUUGGUUAAAUUAAUAUAAACUGGACACAUGUUAUAGGGACGUGUAUUUCAGCCGUGAAACCAGUAGAAGAAUCUCGAAGGAGAAAGGGACUAGUUUUUCCAUAUGGAAGACUCUGGAAAUAGAAGCACGACCUGCGGAGGACACUGACUAUUUUCUAUCUACAGAUUUCUGAGGAUACAAUUGAAUAUUGACUGAGAGAAAACUCAGGGUCUUUGGACAUGUUUUAUUUGGACAAGAGAAAGGACAAUAACAAUGCAUUUUGCUACAAGAGACUGUUCUCCAAAUAUUUACCCUCAUGAGAAUCAGGGCCAUACCAAGUCGCUUGUGUGAUACAAUUAUAUCAUUCAGUUCACUGAAUAAACAACAACCUUAAAGGAGAACUAAACCCUAAAAAUGAAUAGGGCUAAAAAUGCCAUAUUUUAUAUAAUGAACUUAUUGCAUCAGCCUAAAGUUUCAGCUUGUCAAUAGCAGCAAUGAUCCAGGACUUCAAACUUGUCACAGGGGGUCACCAUCUUGGAAAGU